AUGGGACUUCGAAGAAGUGCGAAAGCGCUUGUUCGGAAGGGAAUGACGGUAUUUGCUGGCAAAUACCUUGAAUCUAAAGAAUCAUCACCAUCUCAUCGCAUACAGGAACCGCUGAGGAAAGACAGCGAAUUGGAACGAACUACAACUUGUAAUGAUGCACAAAAUAGAGCCUCCAACCGUAUCGUGGGUUUGGGGUUCUUCUGCAUCUUGUUGGUGGUCAUAGUUAGUGCUAUAACCAGCUUUUCCGGCUCAGACUCUCCACAGUGUCGAUCCAUAUACAUGUACCCAUCGUACGCUCGAAUAGACGGAUUCGAUGAAAGAUACACCAAACUCGCAAAGAAAUACCAUCUGUACCUGUAUCGGGAACAAAAUAAAGAUCGGGACCCCAGCGAAGACGGAAUGAUACAUGUAGAUGGGAUUCCCGUGCUUUUCAUACCGGGAAACGCCGGUAGUUUCAAACAGGCUCGCUCCAUCGCGGCUGCAUGUGCAAACGUUUACUUCGACGAACCGGACUCCAUCGAAAACCCGCACACGAAAAAUUUGGACUUCUUCACAGCGGACUUCAACGAGGAUUUCACCGCUUUCCACGGCAGAACGCUAUUGGACCAAGCCGGCUACUUGAAUGAUGCAGUCUCUUACAUUCUUUCGCUCUACCGCUCGCAAGACCGGGAAUUUGGACCUCCCCCGCAGUCUGUGAUCAUAUUGGGACAUUCCAUGGGCGGCAUUGUCGCAAGAGUGAUGCCCACUCUCAAAAAUUUCAGACCCGAAUCUGUGAACUCCUACAUCACGCUUUCCGCCCCGCAUGCGGCUGCUCCUGUCACAUUCGAUGGUGAUAUGAUGAAAAUUUACGAGCGGAUAGGUCAAUUCUGGACAAGCCAGUUCGAAGAUCCCACCAGCUUCUUUUCGCAAAACAUCUCACUAAUUUCAAUAACAGGCGGUGUCUUGGAUACGGUGCUUCCCGCAGAUUUUACUACUAUCGAAGGAAUAGUACCUUACGAAAAUGGGUUCACCACAUACACAACAACGAUUCCAAAGCUAUGGACCCCCAUUGAUCACUUAGCAAUAGUUUGGUGCGAUCAGCUUCGUAACGUUUUGGCGCAUAUGUUGUUGGAAUCGGUAGAUGUGCGAUCUGCUUCCAAAACGAGGUCCCUAAAUGAAAGAAUGCACCUGUACCGGAAAUGGCUUUUGACAGGACUUGAAAGCUAUACAGAUCAAGACAAAAAGGUCAAUCCAGCGCCAAUGGACUUGAGCUACAUUUUCCAAACUCCAAAAAACUAUAAAAGAGUGAGCAUUAAUGAACAGGAUGUUCUGGUACCCGCAGAUCUAAGUUCGGAUCCAUUAACUCGCAUCUUCACUAUACCAAAAGCUCCAAAAAACCUCCAAUUUUCGAUCUUGACAAGCAUGCAAUCGGUCGAGGUUCUCUUUUGUAUAAGACAACCCCAUUAUAAGGACCAAAAACUAGUAUCUGAAGACGAGACCUCCAAUUGCGUACCAGCAUCUGAAGACUUUGUCACUAUACCGAGAUCUACCUCUAAGAGUCAUUUCCCAUCAGAUUCAUCCUGGGGUACAGACGAAAACUCAUUCAGACUAUUGAAUGUAAACCAAACGACUGUACUCAUCUAUGACUUCAUAGUGAUGAAGGUCGAAACAAGUGAAACAGAAGAUGACUCUUUCGUUGUAUCAGAACUGACCGACAAAGUUACCAAAACAGUGAUUGACGAGAGUCCUUUCAGAGUCCUCUUUAAUGGGAUUUUCAAGCGAAAGAACAGAAAAGUGCCCACAAGUUUGGUAACUAGUUUUGAUUUCACAAACUUGUACUCUUCAAUUGUAUCAUAUCGUGUUGAGACGCAGCACAGCGGAACAAGCGAAUUAUUCCAAACCCUACUUCGGCAAUCAGUGGAGAAGCCAUUCGAAACCAAAUGGCAUGUAAAUCUGGACCAAGGCCCUCAAGACAUCAACUUUCACAACGUGGCUCCUUUUGUCGAAUUGAACUCCACUCACGACAGAUCUUUGAAGCUAAUGUUCAUUAAUCCGCCAGGAGGAGAGAGCCUCAUGAACAUUAGGAUCAAUUGGUCUCUAACGGUGAAAAUGCUUUUGAUUAGGUUCAGACUAUCCAUUGUCGCUUUCACUGUUGGAUUCGUGUCCUUGGUAAUGGCAUAUCAGUUUGUUCAUUACGGGCAGAGCGGUCAUUUUAUUGCAUUCGAUUGCGCGGUGCAUCGGAUUCUGAAGGAGCACUGGAUAGGAAUCUUCACAUUUUUGAGCUUGCUUACACCAUUAGCAGCUUUCAUAGGACUUCCUCAAUUUGCCAUGCUGAUCACCAACAAAACUAGUGGGGGUUCUUCCAGCUCCCUGUCGAAUAACACAGCAUUUUUUCUUGGUACUCGUGAGACUUUCAUGUGGUGGUUAGGGCCGUUUUUCUUUCUCAUGACAGUUUCUUUGGUUUACCUAGUCUACCGCAUUGUGUCCGUCAGCGAGAGCACAGUGACUUGGUUGUUCGGCAAUGCUAAGGAUGGCGGUGAAAUGACUGAAAACAGUCUAGGUGCGAAUGGUGAUACGACCAGUCGCAAUUAUGACGUUAGACAAGCUCUGGGACUUCUCAUCAUUAUCGUGAGUGUUAUAUUCUACAUUCCGUACCAGUUUGCCUUUGUAGUUCUCACCAUUGUGCAGACGCUACAUUGCUUAAAACUAGCGGCCCGUCCAAAAGGAAGCAAAAACGCGGAUCUGGCAAACUUCAACAACUCGAUGUUGAUGUUGAUGCUGUUCCUCGUUCCAAUAAACGCACCGAUAGUGGUAGUGUUCAUGCGCAAUUUUGCCAUCAAAUGGCAAACUCCGUUCCGUUCGCAUCACAAUUUCCUGGCUGUGCUGCCCAUAGUCUUGCUCAUCGAAAGCAACGCCCGGUCUCGAAUGCCCAGGAGGCUUUCAUCUAAGAGAGACUUUGGCAGUAUCGCAAUAGUCGUGUGGUUGUUGCACAUUUCGAUGUACAGCAUCCUUUUUGGAGCCAGAAACCUGUAUUGGCUACACCACUUAUUUAACUGUCUGUGCGCCAUGCUAUUCUUCAAAACGCUCGCUUGA